UGUGUGACAGGCUGAGCCGGGCCUCUGAGGGGGAGCGGAGCGACUGACAGCACCUCAGGGGGGUGUUUGGGGAUGAGGAAGGGGCUCCGGGACCGGUGGCGCCGAGGCUGCAUCGGCCGCCCAAGUGGGAACGCAGCCACGCUCGACCCGGAGCCCAGAGCACCCGCUGCUGGGUGGGUGCAGAGGAUGGCACCCAGCUCUCCUGGCACCCCACUGUCCUGGCAUGGUGCUGUUUGGAGACGGGGGGUGCGUGGGGGCCAAGGAAGACCCCUUCCCCCGUCCCACCGGUGGAGCCGGACAGCGAAUUCCUGGGACGGGAGCGGCACCGAAUCCAGCCCGGGCUCCACGAGCCGUGAGUCACUCUGGGCUGGGUCGUCCGGGAAGGCCCCGCUCCCCUUCCUACGCACCAGAAGAACUUUCACUCCCCCAGCGGUCAGCAGUGGGCAGCCCCCCAGAACCCCCCCCCCCAAAAUCUGUGUGUCCUCCGCGUGGCACUGUCACAGUGUCCCACAGUGUCCUGUGUUCUGGCCCCGGCCGGAGAACUGGCAGCAGUGGCGUCCCCAGCAUCCCGGGGAAACCGAGGCACGCUGAAGGGCAGCGAUAUCCCUCGGGCUCUUCCCGGCGAGGGCAGAGUCAGAGAGAAGUCCGGGUUUCCACAGCAUUUGGAAAACCUCGGAGCGUGUGUCCGUGAGAAAGCCCCGGAGGAUCUGGCGGCACAGGGAGCGUGCUCUGAGGUGCCCCUCAGGAUGAGGAGGGUGCAGAGGGACCCACCUGAGCCGGGCUGGGGUCCGUCCCCCCGACACAGCCCACUCCCGAGGGUGGGGGGCUGCGGCUGGCCGCCAGGAAGGGCUGGUGGUUAAUGAGUAACAUCCGUGGGAUUUACGGCACCUCGGGACAGGGAAGGGGACGGGGAAUGUACGGCGGCUCCAGCUCGGGGACAAGGUUUCUUUUUGCAGUAAGACAGCACAAAGACUAUGCUGAGUUUGGGGGUCCCUGAGCCCCCUCCCGUGCUUGGGCUCCUCCUGAGCCACCUUCUCGCACGGGACACCCCAGGAGGGUGGAGAAGGAAGCGAAAGUGGCUGCAUCGAGGGGUUUGGGGACGGGGAGCGGAUGGGGGGCGGCUGCUCCCCCUCCCCGGGUGCCGUAUCCUGCCCCGUGUCGAGCCGGUUUCCACAGCGCAGCUGUGUCCCUGCCACCUCGGCUUCCCUGAGUGACCUGGAGGAGGGUCCCCAUGGGAUAUUGUCCCCAGGAGGGAACUGGGAAAAGCUCUUCUGCGGGAGAAGAAGAGGUAAACGUUGAAAUUAGGAUGGGAAGGAUUCAGGGCACGGCUGGGCUGAAGGAAGUGCUGUGACCGAUGCCAGGAGGGGACAUUAUGUUCCCCCUCGAGCUCCUCCUGGGCUGUGGGAGGAGAGAGCAGAGCAGCUUGUCCUGCAGACUCUCAGCAGAUCCAGGCAUGCCUGGCUUAAGGCUUACACUCCAGGUUGGCGCUUCCAGCCAGCAGCUGCCUCCCAGGGCUGAGCAGAAAUACAGGUUUAAUGGGGCAGGAGGAUGGGGAUUAACCUCGAGGGUGGCAAAAGGAAAGGCUGUUUUUCCCCUCCUGCCAAAAUCCCACUGGGACUGUGGGGAAAAGCCCGGCAGCAUUCCCAGAAUUGCUGUGCGCGUUUCCCACCGGCCACUGAUCCAUCCCUCCGAGUAACCUCAUCCCCCGGGCCGCUCACUGCGGUGAAUCCCCGGGAUCUGUUUGCUCCGGGCAGCGUGGAGUCGAAAGCAAAAGCAUUUCUGGAAGGCGUCAGCCCGCAGCCAGCACGGGUUCUCCGAGUCUCUCAGCUCCACCUCCGCCCUGCGCCUUCGGCGGCUCCGCGCGGCCCAGGCCCGUGGGGACCGCGCUGCCCGCGGGGGCUCGGGCCGUGCCGCGGCUCCGCGCCCGCCCGUUCGCCUCAGGGCCCUGAGGGCCAGGCCUGGGGGUCCCGCCGCUGCCCCGGCCCCUCGGCUGGGCCGUCAGACGCCGGGAUCCGCCGCGGGAUCGGGCCUUGGCCCCGGGCGGGGCCGGCGGAACCGGCAGCGAGGUGACUGUCCCAAGAUGUCCCUCUGGAACCUGGUGUCCCACAUGCCACCAGAGGAGUUCAGCAGCCUCUCCGCCGAGUUUCCCCGGAGUCUGCGCUGUCUCCUGGCCGAGUGGCUGGAGAACCAGCCCUGGGAGUUCAUCAAUGGCUCAGACGCCUUCUGCAGCAGCAUGGCCAGCAGGCUGCUCUCGGCCAUGCUGGAGAAGCUCCGCAGCACUGCCGGCAGCGAUGGGCAGCAGAGCCAGAUCCUGCAGCAAGUCAGCAGCAUCGAGAACACCUUCCGUCGGGACCCUCUGCGGCUGGUGGCCGUCGUGAGAGCCGUCCUGGAGGGUGAGAAGGCGGCCGUGCUCAAACGGGACCACCACCUGCCCCUCAGCUUCCACCGGCGGCAGGAGGAGCUGAAGUUCAGCCUGGGGCUGCAGCGGCUGCAGCACCGAGUCCGUGAGAUCCAGGCGCUCUGCGACGAGGGGCCAGGGCGGGACGGGGCCGUGCAGGGCCCCAUGGCCCCCAGGGAACUGCCCACCCUCAUCCUGGAGGCUGUGAAGGAGCUGGAGGCGGCCAAACAGCAGGUGCUGAAGAGGAUCCAGAUCUGGAAGAGACAACAGCAGCUGGCAGGGAACGGGGCCAUCUUUGAGGAGAAUCUGGCACCGCUGCAGAAGAGGUGCGAGAACCUGGUCGAGGUUUACUUCCAGCUGCAGAAGCAGGUGAUGGCAAUGAGCACCGAGCCUGAGCUGCUGCCGCGGCUCCUGGAGCGCCUCAACGAGGUGUUGUCCAGCCUGGUCAAGAGCUCCUUCCUGGUGGAGAAGCAGCCCCCACAGGUGCUGAAGACCCAGACCAAGUUCCAGGCAAACGUCCGGUUCCUGCUGGGCCCGCGGCUGCUGAAGGCAGCGCCCAAGCCCUACGUGGUGAGGGCUGACAUGGUGACAGAGAAGCAGGCACGGGAGCUGGAGCUCAGCAACUACAGCAACACCCUCAGUGAGAGCACGGGGGAGAUCGUGCACAACACGGUGGCCCUGGAGACCAACCCCACCAGUGGGACCUGCUGCGCCAACUUCAAGAACGUCCUGCUGAAGAAGAUCAAGCGCUGUGAGCGGAAGGGCUCUGAGUCGGUGACAGAGGAGAAAUGCGCCGUCCUGUUCAGCACCAACGUCACCUUGACCCCCAGCAACGUCUCCAUCCACCUCCAGGUCCUGUCUCUGCCCAUCGUGGUCAUCGUCCACGGGAACCAGGACAACAACGCCAAAGCCACUGUGCUGUGGGACAACGCCUUCUCCGACAUUGAGCGGGUGCCCUUCGUGGUGGCCGAUCGAGUGCCCUGGGACAAGAUGUGUGACACCCUGAACCUGAAGUUCAUGGCAGAGGUGCAGACCACCAAAGGGCUCCUCAAGGAGCACUACUUCUUCCUGGCCCAGAAGAUCUUCAAUGAUCACAGCGCCAGCCCUGAGGACUUCCAGGGCCGCCAGGUCUCCUGGGCCCAGUUCAACAAGGAGAUCCUCCCUGGCCGGGGAUUCACCUUCUGGCAGUGGUUUGAUGGAGUUUUGGACCUCACCAAGAGAUGCCUCAAAAGUUACUGGUCAGACAGGCUCAUCAUGGGUUUCAUCAGUAAGCAAUACGUGUGCAAGCUGCUGAGCAUGGAGCCGGACGGGACCUUCCUGCUCCGCUUCAGCGACUCCGAGAUCGGGGGCGUCACCAUCGCUUACGUCAUCCGGGGCAAGGACGGCUCCAGCCAGGUGGAAAACAUCCAGCCCUUCUCUGCCAAGGACCUGUCCAUCCGCUGCCUCGGCGACCGGAUCCGGGACCUGGGGCAGCUCCGUAACCUGUACCCCAACAUCCCCAAGGACCAGGCAUUUGGGAGUCACUACAACAAAGAGCAGACAGGCAAGGACGGCCGGGGCUAUGUCUCCACUGCCAUCAAGAUGACUGUGGAAAGAGAAAGGGACCAGCAGCCUCCAAGCGCCGUGGGGGCCCCUCCCGAGGCUCCCCAGGCACCGAUGUUCAACCUGCCCGUGCUGCAGCACGAGCUGCGCCCUGAGAGCAUGCAGCCACUGCUGGCCCCCAUCUGCCCCCCCACUCCGUUCUGCCCCCAGCCCAUCCCCACAGGCUACCCCACUGUUGAGAGCAAUAUCAUGAUGGUCCCCAACAGGCUCACCUCCCCGUUCCACAGCCCAUCACCGAUGGUCUCGCCUCCCUCGCUGUCCCACUGCCAGGACCCUGCCUUCAGGCCCCCCGGACCCUUCAUGCCCAACCAGUACAUGGCUGGGGAGGUCUCGCAGCUGCUGCCCGCGGGUCCCUCCGCGGAGCCGCAGGACGAGGAGAUGCCCGAGCUGCCCCCGUUCCAGGCCGUGGAGGAUGCCUCGCUGCAGAGCCCCCCGCGGUGGAUGUCACCCGGCAUGGAGCAGUCAUCAGCCUCGGAGUUGGAGCAGCUCCUGCAGGAGGUGCCCCUGUUGCCCCCCUUCGCGCCCCUCCCGCAGCACAGCGGGUACCCCAAUUCCAGCCUGUCCUCCUGGGGGCUGGGGGAGGCGCGGUGGGAUGACAGCAUCCGGCCGGGACACGCGUGAGGGGGCUGCUGGGGGGGAGCAUCGGACUGGGACCCCCCCCUCCCCACUCCCUCCCAGCCUUGCCUGGGUUCAUGGACUUGAUACGACUCCUGCAGGGAUGGAAACUCCAGCUGGGAAAGGCGGGGUUGGGGGGA